GUUACUUUUCUGAUUAUCUAAAUAUUUAAUAUAACCGACAGAAUGAAGGAAAGAAAAAGACCCGAUCGCGUUUCUGAUGUAAAUACUGCUGUAACAUUAAAUGCAAUUUUUGGAAAGCCACCCGAAAGGCGCCCGUUUUUCGUUCCGAUGAUUUCUUUUAUCAAGAUGUACCAGGCCUGGAAAUACUUGCACUUGUUUAAGACUCACUCUGUAUAUUACAGCAUGGAAAAAAUCGGUUGCCUUUCUGAAACAAACAGAGCUUCACACUGUGGAAAUUAUAAAAAUAUUCAUGGAAACUGUGUAGUCGCCAACAAGGAGAAGAGGACCGUCCACCAAGGACGAUAUCAGGAACACGCAGUCAUGGAAAAGGACAGGUUAGGACAGUGGGGCAACGGGGACAACGUCGUUCCCGGACGCGAAAGUGGUCUGGAUAGGUUGAAAAGUCCUGGCUUAAAUAAGGGUCUUGCGUUUAGUAUUGAAGAAAGACAAGCCUUGGGAAUACAUGGACUUUUACCACCCAGAGUUAAAACGCAAGAUGAACAAGUACAACACUGUAAAUUGUGUCUGGACAGGCUUGACGAUCCCCUAAAUAAAUAUUUGUAUCUAAUGGGACUUUUGGAUCGAAACGAAAAAUUAUUCUACAGGGUGGCCAAAGAAUUCUUGUCAGAUAUUAUGCCUUUAGUUUAUACACCAGUUGUUGGUUUAGCCUGCCAAAACUUCGGCUUGGUAUUUCGAAGGCCAAGAGGCCUGUUCAUAACUAUAUAUGACAAAGGACACGUGUAUGAAGUACUUAAAAAUUGGCCCGAAACCGAUGUAAGGGUCAUCGUAGUGACAGAUGGAGAACGUAUUUUGGGACUCGGUGAUUUAGGAGCAUGUGGUAUGGGCAUUCCUGUUGGAAAACUGUCGUUAUAUACCGCAUUAGCUGGCAUUAAGCCACACCAAUGUUUACCAAUAACUAUUGAUGUAGGAACCAAUAACGAACAAUUUUUGAAGGAUCCGUUGUAUAUUGGCUUAAAACAAAAUAGAGUAAGAGGUCAAGAAUAUGACGACUUUCUGGACGAAUUUAUGGAAGCUGUAGUCCAACGUUUCGGGCAAAACUGUCUUAUUCAGUUCGAAGACUUUGGUAAUGCUAACGCUUUCCGUUUAUUAGAAAAAUACAGAAAUUUGUAUUGCACCUUUAACGAUGACAUCCAGGGAACUGCUAGUGUCGCAGUGGCAGGUCUUCUGGCAUCGCUAAAACUAACAAAGAAAAGACUGAGCGACAACGUAAUAGUUUUUCAAGGAGCUGGGGAAGCUAAUCUUGGUAUUGCUCAGUUAUGUACAAUGGCAAUGGUAGCUGAAGGCACAUCGGAGGCUGAUGCUCGUAGCAAAAUUUGGAUGGUUGAUUCGAAAGGACUAAUUGUAAAAGAUCGACCAGAGGGUGGCAUUACCGGACACAAGGCCCACUAUGCCCAGAAUCACGCCCCAAUUAGGACCUUAACUGAAGUCGUUAAACAAGUUAAACCCUCUAUUCUUAUUGGGGCCGCCGCUAUCGGAGGAGCUUUCACGGAAGAAAUUCUUUUGGAGAUGGCCAAGAACAACAAACAACCGGUUAUUUUUGCUCUGAGUAAUCCAACUCACAAAGCAGAAUGCACUGCAGAAGAGGCUUACAAAGCCACAAAUGGUACCUGCGUAUUUGCAAGUGGCAGUCCUUUCGAUCCAGUGACAAUUAAUGGAAAAACUUUGGUGCCCGGUCAAGGAAAUAACGCAUACAUCUUCCCUGGUGUAGGGCUGGGCGCUAUAUGUGCAGGAAUUAAAAACAUCAGCGAAGAACAUUUCCUUAUGGCUGCAGAAGCAGUAGCAAGUAUGGUAACUCAAGCAGAUCUGGACCAAGGAAGCAUUUAUCCACCUCUAUCGAAAAUUACUGAAUGUUCUGUACGAAUUGCCACCAAACUUUUGGAAUAUGCAUAUGCUAAAGGAAAUGCAUCAGUAUUUCCUGAACCAGAAGAUAAAGAAUCAUUCGUGAGGGCACAGAUGUACAACACUGACUACGUUCCCGCAAUACCCAAUCUAUAUUCAUUCCCAAAAUUGUAAAACAAUAAUUUUUUUAAUCUUUUAUGUGAUAUUAACACGAAAUAUUUUAAACACUACAUAAUGAAAAUCUAGUAUCUUACAUUAAUGACGAAUACGUUUAAUUUAGGUGGAAGUCACUGGAUAUUGUCUGAUCAAAUUUAGUUAUGUAGUAUCAAUAAUUCAAUAAAUUUAAUAUAUUUCUGUUUUGAAA